AGGAGGAAUCCGCAAUGGCUUCGCCGAUGGAGAUUUUGCAGUUUGUAGCAUCGGACCCUGCAUUGAGAAGCAUAGGAAAAAUCAUAGCAACGCUGUUAGUUUCCUUGUUUUCAAUCAGCCUCAUGCUCAAGAGGACUGGGAGUGGCUACUGGCUAGCACCAAAGACGUCGAAGUCGAAGAGGGCCUGUGAGUUGUGGUUCUUGGUCUAUGGAUGUUUCUGGAUAUCUUGCUUUGGUAUCAUCAUCGCUCUGCGUCUGUACGACGAUUUCGAUAGGAAGGACUACUUUCUAGUGUGCGGCGGGCUUAUGCUUCCCCUCCUCCUGCAACCCGUCUUGUUUCCCAAGAUCACGGCGGAUGACGGCCGUCCUCUCCUGGAGAGACAUUCCUUCAAAGCCAACGUAUGGAUCUUUAUCUUUGGAUUCAUUGGCAACUACUGGUACACACACUACUUCUACAACGUUCUGAAAGCAUCCUACACGAUGAAGAGCUGGGAUGUGAACGGAGUUCCCAUUCCCAUGUUCUUUGCUACGCAUUUCUACUUCACGUUUUAUCAUGCCCUGUCAAACAUGGCAAUUAGAAAAGCUGUCUCGACGUACGAAAACAGCUUUGCAAGAACCAUUUACCUCAUGCUGCUCAUAUUCACCAUGUCAUAUAUCACGGCAUUCAUGGAAGCCUUGACUAUUUCGGGAUUUUCCUGCUACUCCUUUGCAGACCGACACAUGGCGUGGAUACUUGGCUCAGCGUUCUACGGGAUAUACUUCAUUGUCUCAUUCCCAAUGUAUUACCGAGUGGAUGAACUCAAAGUGCCUCACUCUGCAUUCCAAGCUGCCAUCGAGAGUUUGGCAUCGGGUAUGAUGGUCCUUUGUCUGCUAGACUUUGUUCGAGUUUAUCUGAAUCUAGAUCUGGAAUUUCGCCUCAAUCGACCCUGCAAGCUUGAUGGAUCGUUGACUUGCGCUCCUUUCACUGGACAGAUAUGUUAAAUUCUCACUCUCAAAAUGUUUAUUGAAAAGAUCGGUUGUACUCACG